AUGGCCUCAAAUUUCACUGAUUCUCAACUGAAAUGGAUGUUUCUCAUCGAUGAUUUGAACAUGGAUUCAAAUCUUAUUGUGUGUUCGCCGCCCUCUUUUCUAAUGGUUGCUGCAAAGAGGAUCAUAAGCUUCUUCAGCUCUGUAGCUAUACAGACACCCCACACAACGUGGACACCCCUUACCCUGCUGAAGCCGCCUACCCUGCCCACGCCACCUACUCCGCCGACGCCGCCAACUCCACCUACGCCGCCAACUCCGCCAACUCCGCCUACGCCGCCAACUCCGCCUACUCCGCCUACGCCGCCAACUCCGCCUACUCCUCCUACACCGCCAACGCCGCCUACGCCCCACGCACCCCACGCGCCCCACGCACCCCACGCGCCCCCCGCCCCCCCCGCCCCCCCCGCCCCCCCCGCACCCCACGCCCCCCACGCACCGCACGCACCCCACGCACCCCACGCACCCCAUGCACCCCAUACUCCGUGGAGACCCCGUACCCUGCCUAAGCCACCUACCCUGCCGACGCCGCCUACUCCGCCUACGCCUCCUACGCCCCCUACGCCGCCAACUCCGCCUACUCCGCCUACGCCUCCUACGCCGCCAACUCCCCCUACGCCGCCUACACCCCCUACGCCGCCUACUCCCCCUACUCCCCCUACGCCGCCUACUAAUCUCUGUAGCUAUACAGACACCCCCACACAACCGUGGACACCCCUUACCCUGCUGAAGCCGCCUACCCUGCCCACGCACGCCUACUCCGCCGACGCCGCCAACUCAGGCCUACGCCGCCAACUCCGCCAACUCGCAACUCAGCAUACUCCGCCUACUCCGCCCUACGCCGCCAACUCCGCACUACUCCUCCGUACACCGCCAACGACGCCCUACGCCCCACGCCCCCCCGCACCCCACGCGCACCACGCGCCUCACGCACCCCACGCACCCCACGCCCCCACGCACCCCCACGCCCCCCACGCACCCCACGCACCCCACGCACCCCACGCAACCCCACGCACCCCAUGCACCCCAUACUCCGUGGAGACCCGUACCCUGCCUAAGCCACCUACCCUGCCGACGCCGCCUACUCCGCCUACGCCUACUACCCCCCUACGCCGCCAAUCCCCUACGCCGCCUACACCCCCUACGCCGCCUACACCCCCUACGCCGCCUACUCCCCCUACGCCGCCUACUCCCCCUACGCCGCCUACUCCCCCUACGCCGCCUACUAAUCUCUGUAGCUAUACAGACACCCCACACACCGUGGACACCCCUUACCCUGCUGAAGCCGCCUACCCUGCCCACGCCGCCUACUCCGCCGACGCCGCCAACUCCGCCUACGCCGCCAACUCCGCCAACUCCGCUACGCCCCAACUCCGCCUACUCCGCCAACUCCGCCUACUCCGCCUACGCCGCCAACUCCGCCUACUCCUCCUACACGCCAACGACGCCUACGCCCCACGCACCCCACGCGCCCCACGCGCCUCACCACCACCACGCACCCACGCACCCCACGCCCCCACGCACCCCACGCCCCCUCACGCACCCCACGCACCCACACGCACCCCACGCACCCCACGCACCCCCAUGCACCCCAUACUCCGUGGAGACCCGUACCCUGCUAAGCCACCUACCCUGCCGACGCCGCCUACUCCGCCUACGCCUCCUACGCCCCUACGCCGCAACUCCCCCUACGCCGCCUACACCCCUACGCCGCCUACACUCCCCUACGCCGCCUCACACCUAAGCGCUACUCCCCCCUACGCGCCUACUCCCCUACGCCGCCUACUCCCCCUACGCCGCCUACUAAUCUCUGUAGCUAUACAGACACCCCACACAACGUGGACACCCCUUACCCUGCUGAAGCCGCCUACCCUGCCCACGCCACCUACUCCGCCGACGCCGCCAACUCCACCUACGCCGCCAACUCCGCCAACUCCGCCUACGCCGCCAACUCCGCCUACUCCGCCUACGCCGCCAACUCCGCCUACUCCUCCUACACCGCCAACGCCGCCUACGCCCCACGCACCCCACGCGCCCCACGCACCCCACGCGCCCCACGCCCCCCACGCCCCCCACGCCCCCCACGCACCCCACGCCCCCCACGCACCGCACGCACCCCACGCACCCCACGCACCCCAUGCACCCCAUACUCCGUGGAGACCCCGUACCCUGCCUAAGCCACCUACCCUGCCGACGCCGCCUACUCCGCCUACGCCUCCUACGCCCCCUACGCCGCCAACUCCCCCUACUCCGCCUACGCCUCCUACGCCGCCAACUCCCCCUACGCCGCCUACACCCCCUACGCCGCCUACUCCCCCUACGCCGCCUACUCCCCCUACGCCGCCUACUAAUGUAAUGGUCCUAUACUUACUCUACUUAUUCUCUGUAGCUAUACAGACACCCCACACACCGUGGACACCCCUUACCCUGCUGAAGCCGCCUACCCUGCCCACGCCGCCUACUCCGCCGACGCCGCCAACUCCGCCUACGCCGCCAACUCCGCCAACUCCGCCAACUCCGCCUACUCCGCCUACUCCGCCUACGCCGCCAACUCCGCCUACUCCUCCUACACCGCCAACGACGCCUACGCCCCACGCACCCCACGCACCCCACGCGCCCCACGCGCCUCACGCACCCCACGCACCCCACGCCCCCCACGCCCCCCACGCACCCCACGCACCCCACGCACCCCACGCACCCCACGCACCCCACGCACCCCAUGCACCCCACGCACCCCAUGCACCCCAUACUCCGUGGAGACCCCGUACCCUGCCUAAGCCACCUACCCUGCCGACGCCGCCUACUCCGCCUACGCCUCCUACGCCCCCUACGCCGCCAACUCCCCCUACGCCGCCUACACCCCCUACGCCGCCUACACCCCCUACGCCGCCUACUCCCCCUACGCCGCCUACUCCCCCUACGCCGCCUACUCCCCCUACGCCGCCUACUAAUGUAAUGGUCCUAUACUUACUCUACUUAUUCUCUGUAGCUAUACAGACACCCCACACACCGUGGACACCCCUUACCCUGCUGAAGCCGCCUACCCUGCCCACGCCGCCUACUCCGCCGACGCCGCCAACUCCGCCUACGCCGCCAACUCCGCCUACGCCGCCAACUCCACCUACGCCGCCAACUCCGCCUACUCCGCCAACUCCGCCUACUCCGCCAACUCCGCCAACUCCGCCUACUCCACCAACGCCGCCUACGCCCCACGCACCCCACGCGCCCCACGCGCCCCACGCGCCCCACGCACCCCACGCACCCCACGCCCCCCAUGCCCCCCACGCACCCCACGCCCCCCAUGCCCCCCACGCCCCCCACGCACCCCACGCACCCCACGCACCCCACGCACCCCAUGCACCCCAUACUCCGUGGAGACCCCGUACCCUGCCUAAGCCACCUACCCUGCCGACGCCGCCUACUCCGCCUACGCCUCCUACGCCCCCUACGCCGCCAACUCCCCCUACGCCGCCUACACCCCCUACGCCGCCUACUCCCCCUACGCCGCCUACUCCCCCUACGCCGCCUACUCCCCCUACGCCGCCUACUAUUGCUGCCAAGAUCCAUAUUCCCAAUGGCAGCAGUAGUGGAAAUAGCAACCGUGGAGCAGCGACAAUCCAACGGAAGACUAUAAUCAUCCAUUAG